AUGUCUUUGAACCGGGCUAACCAGGCUGCUUCUGACCAGGUUGUUACUACCCAGGAUGCCUCUGAUCAGGUUCUCCCUACCCAGGAUGUCUCUAACACGGCUCCUUUGCACCAGGCUGCUUCUAACGAGGGCACCACUAGCCAGGAUGCCUCGAGCCAGGAUGCCUCUGACCAGGAUGCCCCUGAUGAGCUUGUAUCUAUCCAGGAUGCAUUGAACCAGGUUGUCUCUAACCAAGCCCCUUUUAACCUGGCUGCGUGGUUUACUGCCGAAUCGCCUCAAAUACUCAUGGUCGGCCCUGCACCAUACACACCUCCCUCCGCCCAUCAAAUUGUCAUCAAGAAUGCUGCUGUGGCUAUCAGCACCGUUGACUGGGCCAAGCAGUUGAUGGGUAACAAGAUGUCCUCCUGGAUCAAGCACCCAUUUGUGCUCGGAAAUGACUGUGCCGGUAAGGUCGUUCAGGUUGGUGACAUGGUCUCUGAUAUCAAGAUUGGUGAUCGGGUUCUUGCUCACGCCCUCUCCAUGGAUCCAGUCGUCAACAACUCGUCCGAGGGUGCGUUCCAACACUACACUGUGAUCCGUGAUAAUAUGGUCACUGUGAUUCCGGAAUGGCUCUCUUACGAAGAAGCUUGCGUUGUUCCUCUCAGCCUAUCAACUGCCGCAACCGCCUUGUUCCAAUCGGAGUUUCUCUCUCUUAAUCGCCCUGGCACCACGCUGCGCUCAGCCCCGGGUUCGCUCCCCGAAGCAGUUCUUGUUUGGGGUGGAUCCACCAGCGUUGGUUGCAACGCCAUCCAGCUUGCCGCAUUAGCUGGCUAUGAGGUUAUCACCACUUGCGCUCCGUAUAACUUUGAAUAUGUCACCACCCUGGGCGCUUCCGCCGUCUUUGAUUACCUCAACGAGCUGACCGUCCCACAAAUUAUCCAUCUUCUCAAGGGAAAGAAAGUUGUUGGCGCAAUCGCUAUCGGAAACGACUCGACCGAACCUUGCAUGAAAAUUCUCGACAAGUCGAACGGGUCAAAGUUUGUGGCCCAAGUCACUUUCCCGUUCCCAGAGAAAAUCCCCGCCACAACCUACCAAUUAUUCCGUGCCAAGGCAGCCUCGAAGUGGUCCAGCAUCAAAAUCCUCAUCAAGUCGAAGCGCAGCGGCGUGAAAACCAAGUUAGUUUUCGGUAGCUCUGCGGCCCAUACUGAGGUUGGCUCCUUGAUCUAUCGUGAGUUCCUGCCCGAGGCUCUUGCAGGUAGAACCUUUGUUACUGCUCCUAAGCCACUUGUUGCUGGGAAGGGUCUGGAACAUAUUCAAAAAGCUAUGGACUGGCACCUGAUGGGCGUGUCUGCUCGGAAGGUUGUUGUCUCCCUUUGA